CGGGCGGGGGGGGGCUUUAUAACGCAACACGGACUUGUUAAACAUUAACAGAUAAUAGCUGCGUGUUGUUGAAAGAGAGUUAACUGAAUGCAUGUCAAUGUCACCGUCGUUUCUGUGACUAGCUAGUCAGAGAUGUUAGGGUGACAAACCGGAGCCGACCGCGGCCUGCCUGCUUCUGCUGCUAGCUUCAUGAUUGACAGCUUGUCACCUCCCAAGGAGCCUCUCUCUGAAGUGGACUGUUGUCAUUUUAUAUGUACUUAAGGUGAGCCGACCGUCGGAGCGCCAGCGCCUCUCCGUUACCAUGGAUGUUGGUGUUCGUGUCAGAGGAGGCCCCAUCAGGUCCAGGGCGUCCGUACGGAGAGAGACGGUGCGUGACUCCGGAGCCCAGUCUGCGAAGAGCCUCUUCAGGAGCAGAAAGGAGCUGUGCGGCGUCGGCCUGGAGCUGCCAGCCAGAGACGCCACGAGACUCUCUGAGAUUCACUUCGUGUGUCUGCCCGGACAAUGUGAAGGGGAGGAUUCCACCCAGCAGACUCUGUCGUCCCUGCCCGCCACGCUGUGCGAGCUGCUCAAGUCUCUCCAUGCACACAGCCUGAAAAGCGAUGAGGUCCUGCUACUCAAAGACUCCCGCAGGCUGGCAGAGCACAGAGACGUUCAGUGUUGGCUAAAGGCUGUGUGUGUCCUGAGACACAACCCCUCCACAGGCGUGUACCCCAGCGUAGCGUCUUUGGUGGGAUUGUUGGGAUGCUACAUAGCGGGGGUCCGCUAUGUGCUGGAGCUCCAGGAUCUUCAGAGGGGUCUCAACGAGCCCAGCCAGCCGGAGGAAGACGACACCAACCAGUCAGUCUCGUCGAUCGAAGACGAUUUUGUCACUGCACUGGAGCAGCUGGAGGAGGAAGACACUAGAGACAAUCCCUCUGCAGCUGCAUUUUGCCAUUUUAAGAAGCGUGACGUGGCCUCACAGACCAUCCCAGCCCACAAAAGAAAGAAGGAAUUGUCAGGCUCCCGCAUUAUCAUAAGUUCAUCUUCCAAGAAACAUUCAGCCAAACAUGGUCCCGAUGUUUCUGUCACAGUGCAGCGGUCAUCGUCUGGGGUUGAAUCCCAGUGGACCUACUGCAGUCCCGGAGCUCGUCCGGCCUCCCCUUCUGCUCAGCUUAGCGAAUCAGAGGAGUCUGACUGCUCCAGCCCCAGCCCAAUCAUUUUCCUGGAUGAAGUGGGCUACCAGAGGAGCCUGUUGGCUAAGUUGGAUAUCCCCCAGGUUCCAGGGGGACCCAGAGAUCGAGUUGAAGACUCAGACUCUGAAGUUAGUGAAUUCUUUGACAGCUUUGACCAGUUUGAUGACCUGGAGGAGCUAAGCUCAGAGAGCUGCACUCUAACUCUCCCUCUGGACUCCAUCAGUGCCUCAACUGCACAGAAAAAGUCUGAGGCUGGUUCCAGUGGUCCCACUUCGAAGUAUGUUUCCAGGGGUUGCUCAACCAAGAGCAUGAACCCUCAGCGCUUUGACCAGCCCACUCUCCCAGCCAAUGUGAAAAAACCUACUCCUCUGAAACCAGGUUCUCCCUACUCAGUUCACCCCGACAUGUCUGACUCCCCUUGGUUGGCGCAGACGCCAUCUGAAGAAAACGGAGGACCUCUCUUCAGUCCUGUCAGCUCUUCUGCCUUUAGUCCUUUGGUGGAGACGAAUGGACCACUGGAAUACUUCUGGAAGACGGAAGAGAAAGGGGAGGACCAGUCAGAGCUAUGUAAACCUCAGGACCUCUGCUCCUUGUAUAAGACCUACUCAGACUUUGCCAACAAUCUGUCCAAAGAAAUUCUAGGAUCUGUGUGUGGUUUCCAAUCUGCUGUUGACAUCAGUGACAACAAGAAUCUCAGCUGUGUCUGCCACAAAGAGUUCAAGAACCCAUCGGGCUAUCUGAUGAAAUUGUCAGACAUUCAAGAGACUGUCACAGUAGCCAAGUUGCAGAAGAAGUCCCAGUCUCUAAAGGAUGGCAUUCAGAGAUUUGCUUCUGACCUGGUGGAGAUGAGCUUGGGGAGCGCCCUGCGAGACCUCCAAAAAGGUGUAUCCUCCUGUACCACCACCCUGUGUCACCUGGCUGCUAGACUCACCUCCUCAGUUUUUCAGAUGGCUUUUCACGAAAUUGGCAUGCGACGUGCGUAUGUCUUGAAGGAGCGAGCUAUCAACGGAUUAGCCGGUUUCCUUGUCGGUGAAGCCAUUUCUGGGGCCCUUAUAGAGUUCCUCACUGUAAAAAAACAGAUUUUCCACAAUACAGUGACGCAGUUUGCUGCCGACCUGGCCGAGGAGCUGGUGUUUGAAGGCAUAAUGGAAGUGUGUCAGUUCUCCCACCCCUCGACCCCCAUCACACCCAGUGAUUGGGCUUUUGGCCAUGGGCAAGCAGAAGAAGAAGAGGAAGAGGAGGUGGUCUCCUCCUAUGCUUCGGAUUUGUCCGAGUCCGUCAUACAGGAAGCCUUCAUAGAGCUCUCUCAGGCUGACGUUGCCUUUACGAGCCAAGCGGCUAUCAGUGUGUCCUUGGAUAACGUCUGUUAUGUCAAUGCUGAGAACACUAGCACUCAUACCAGCAGCAUCUUUGCUAACAAACAGGCUUUAAGCUCCAGCUCCACUUCAGCAGCUCCAGUGCUGUCAGGAAAGGAGGCUUCCUGCACAGUGAAGAACGCUCUGUUCACCGUCUCAGGCAUGGCUAGCUGUAUUCCUGUUCCCCAUGCUGGCCAAGCCCUCUCCAGCUUCCAGGAUCCAGAGGAAGCUUCCCAGUACAAGUCAGAUAGCCCAAAGGUCAACACCAAAAGAUUAACUGUAACAUCGACUGACAGUACCUCCUCCAAACACUCUCACGCUUACCAUCAUGAAACCCAGAACUCCAUACCUGUGGGAGGCUCCUCUCAACAAAGAUUAUUCCAAAACUUCUCUGGCAACAUGGUGGAUAUGAUUGUAACUGAGGCCUGUGAGCUUAUUACCACUUCUAAAAUGAAGAAGGGUUUUGGCGACUGCACUGACUUCCUUACAAAGUCCAUCGGAAGCCGAAGGAACUCCUCCACAGCGCAGGAAACGGCAGAUUCACCUUCAAAGCACAGAGCAGAUAGGGAGCGCUUCAGAUAUGACGGGUGUGUCCGACAGGGGUGGACUCCUGAGUUUGCUCCUCCUGUUUCCUUUCCAGCCGGUUCCUCCAACCAGGGGAAAGUCCAGUGUGAGACGGAUCCCAGGGGGAGAGGCGUGGAUCAAACGCAUCCUGUGAUGAUGGAUACUCUUGAUGUGCCUAGUGCAGCUCUGCUUGGACGGGGCCGGAUAUCUGGCGUUGCGGAUGAUCCACCUCCAAGCUCUGGCCAAAAGUCUGCAGGGACUCCUGGUACCCCUCCUUCCACCCCUCAGCAGCCCAGUGAAGUCUCUAAAGAAAAACAGAUCAAACAGUUUUCCAAGAAGCUGAAAAGCAAGCUAGCCAAUGAGUUUUCCCCUGCGACUCCUCCCCCAACGCCUCAUUAUCACCCUGAGCCAGGUCCUGGCCCUGAAGAUGGCAUCCCUGAAUCAGACAAGGUUGCGUUUAUGCUCAGCCUCAUGCGGUCUCUGUCUGAGGAGGCAGUAGGUGAUGAAGAUGUUGAAGAGGAAGAACCAGUUGAGGAAGAAGGUGUUGGUGGAACUAAGAGAGGUGUAGAGGCAGACUGUGGGCGACGGGACCUCCGUCAGGUGUCGUCUCGUAGAAUGUCUAACAAGGAAGCCCUCCACUAUGCUGAGCGUUUGGCGUGCCACAUAGUUUCUAUGGCGACUGAGAUGGAUACAUUAGGAGGGUCAGAGGAAGAGGGGGAGUUAAGCAAGAGCAGCGAGCAAAGGAGGGACAGUGUGGCUCAGUUCUCAGAACAAACCCUGAACACGUUGUGGGUGUAUGCGGGCGAGGUGGCAGGACAGGUCAUAAACGAUGUGAAGACAAUGGUUAGCUCUGGACAACAGUGUCCCUACCACAGAGCUCAGGAGCUCCGAAGAAGAAGUUUUGACAGAUCCAGCUCCGAUGGUUGGCGUCCGCGCCACCGACACCAGUCUCAGCCCAGUACAGACCAGAACCGAAACUCAAGGUUAGCAAAGCUUGCAGAGCAGUGGUCCAAUGACCUGAUAGCUUCAGUUUCUCAGUCUCCCCAUUCCACUUCAAGUACCAGCUCCAGCUCUGGUAUGUCCUCUGAGUACCCCAGCUGUGAGAGUGUGACAGAUGAAUACGCGGGCUACCUCAUUAAGGUGCUGAAAAAGGAAGGCGACACUAGGGAGUUGGUCCUAGACCAGUAUGCAAGCCGCCUGGCAUACCGCUCUAUUAAAUUAGGCCUGGCUCAUGCUAGUCGUAAGAACAAGCAAAGGCCCUCCAGCAGCCGCCUCCUGUCCUCCAAGUCACUGCCAAAUGAAUGGAAAGCUUCUGGCAAUGAGACCUUAGUAUCUAAAGAUAGAUCAGAAUCUAUGGGGUUAGUGUCCGGUGAGGACACUCAGUGUUGCUGCCGGGUUUCUGACAAGCAGUUCAAGAGGGAGUACGUGGACCUGGUCAACUUUGCCGAGUCUUUAGCUUACAACAUCACCUGUGAUGUUGCACGCAAACUGCAUCUUUCUUCAGUUCGCCUUCCGAAGUCUCUCACUGACUCCUGUCUUUAUAAAAAGUCCAAACUUGAAGAUAUGGCUGACAACAUCAUCAGGAACUCUUUCUCCUGCCCUCUGUUGUCCAAGGAGGAUAAAAAUAGACAUUACCACAGUACAGGAAGCCUGUAUGAUAGGGGCUAUAGCAGCAGGGUGAUGCAGGUCAUCGAGCAUUACGCCAGGAAGAUAGUCGAUGACACCGUCAAAAUGAGCCUGGCGUCAGUAGGACAUUCCUCCUGGGGACAUUCACAGACUCGUGGCUACAAUCGACACUCUCACGCCCAGAGGCUGUCUGAGGGGUCGGCUGCUGUCCAGUCUGUAGGAGAGAGGACCUGUCGUUACUGCCUGUCUCAGGAAUGUCCUCACUGCGCCAAACUUAGCAGACACCCUUACCAGCCUGUCUUACAGAGAAGGAUAAGAGCAUCAGAAAGUCACUUGGCAUCAGACCGCCUCCCUAGUGUGGAAAUUCCCAAGAUCCACAUCGACCUGGACCACAGGGCAGCAUUCGCAGAAGAAGUUGUGUCUCUGGCAAUGGAGACGGCCAAGCGUGAGCUGAGCAACGCCAGCCUCAAUGCAGACAGUGGGAUCGGCCAUGAUGGCACCAGCUUUGCUGAGAGCCUAACAGCAGAGAUCAUGACAUCAGCGCUGUCUAACGUCUGUCAGGCUGCCAACAUCAGUUCUCCAGGCCGGGACCCGACUGAGUCCACAGUGUCCCAGCAGCUGAGUGUGGGAGAAGACAGUCUGGGCAGCUGGUCCAACCUGAGCUUUGAGGACGAUCACCCAGACGACAACAGCAGCUUCCUUCAUCUCAGUGACAGCAGCAAUGGGAACAGCAGCAGUUGGAGCAGUCUGGGCCUUGAAGGGGAAGUGUGUGAGGAGCGCAUGUCGUUCUCCCCCUCUGACAGCGAUAACACCGAGGACAAAGAGACGGAGGUCAGGGAGUCCAGUGGGACGCUGUGUGCAGACCGGACUCCGGCACAGACCGCGCGCACCGCUCUGCUCAUCAUCAAUUCCGACUUCAGGGAGCUCGGACGAGGCCUCCAGCACGCGACCUCUGACCCCCAGCUCAGGAGCAUGCUGCAGUGGGCGGCAGCCUCCGUGGUCGACGUCCCUCAGAUCCAGCUGAACGUGGACAGAGAGCUGCAGCAGCUGCCCGCUGUGGUGCAGAAGCUCCAGGAGAGGAAGUGGAAGGUGGCAGAUCUGYUGCACAUGCUGCUGCGCUACCAAGAGGAGAGCCUCUGCCACGCGCCGCCGCCGCCACCGCCACCGGGGGGGACCAGAAACACCCAGCACCCCGCGCUCUUCCAGUGGCUCCUGGAACACGCUUAAAACCUCCUGAUUUUUUUGUUUUUUAUUAUUUCAAGAAAGGCCUUUUAGGAUCUCGUUAGCCACCAGAGGGCGCCACAGAAACCAUGUUAUCGGUUCCAUUCCCUCUCUCAGUUGGGCAGCAUGUUACAAAGAGCUCCUUGAGCUGCAUUUGUGUUUUUUCUCUCCACCUUCCUGUUGUGUUGCUGCAGAUUUUUCCUCAUGUCUCCAGGUCGGAUGAGAGGAACCGUCUCCCUUUCUACCCCUCUUGUUGCCUGCCCCCCCCCAAUCCCCCCCCCUUCCCCACCCACGCUGCCAAGCCUCCCUCUGUUCUGGAGCUGAAGAGUCAGAGACCCACCCCCUGUGUUUCCAGACAGACACGGAUGGAGCUGGGAGAGAGAAAAUGUGUUGUUUUUUGUUUUUUUAUUUCUGACAGGGAAUCCCCACAGCUGCUCAGCAGAUGAUGUCAUCACAUCCUCUGCUCACCUCCGUGGUGUUUCCACAUGUUCAGAGACCAACCAUGCACCCAAACACACACACACACGCCACACCCUUUUAUUAUCAGAUUCAAUUCAAAGGAGUAGUAUUAUCCCACCGUUUAGUUGAUCAUCUGAAGCUUCCUGCCUUUCAGUUCACUUCAGUGAAGUUUUUGUGAAGAACUGAGACUCUUCAUCGUAAUUCAUCAAUGUGCUGCCAAAUGUUCAGAAAUAUAAGCUGUCUGUGAAGGUGUGAGAAACCUUUUUCUGCUACUGUCACCUUAUGUUGAUAUAGGAAGCCAUAAUCGUGGCUUUAGAGAGAUCAAUAUGUUUAAAAAAUG